AGAGGGUGUGUGGGAUGCUCUGUUCCUCCCCAGGAGCCAUGGAUGCUGUGGAACUGGCCAGAAAGCUGCAAGAGGAGGCCACCUGCUCCAUCUGUCUCGACUACUUCACGGACCCUGUGAUGACCACCUGCGGCCACAACUUCUGCCGCGAGUGCAUCCGGCUGAGCUGGGAGAAGGCCAGAGGCAAGAAGGGCAGGAGGAAGCGCAGGGGCUCCUUCCCUUGCCCCGAGUGCCGCGAGCCGUCCCCCCAGAGGAACCUGCGGCCCAACCGCCUGCUGACCAAGGUGGCCGAGAUGGCGCGGCAGCACCCCGGCCUGCAGAGCAGGAAGCUGUGUGCGGUGCACCAGGAGCUGCUCAAGCUCUUCUGCCAGGACGACCAGAGCCCCAUCUGUGUCGUCUGCAGGGAGUCCCGGGAGCACCGGCACCACAGGGUGGUCCCCAUCGAGGAGGCCGUGCAGGAGUACAAGCUGAGGUUGGAGGAUGACAUGGAGCGCCUGCAGGAGGAGAUGAGGAGGACCGGGAAGCUGCAGGCCAGGGAGGAACAGACCUUGGCGGAGUGGCAGGAGAAAGUGAAGGAGCAGAGGGAGCGCAUCGUGGUGGAGUUUGAAAAGACGGGCCUCUUCCUGCUGGAGGAGGAGCAGCGGCUCCUCCAGACCCUGAAGGAGGAGGAGGAGGAGACGGCGGCCAGGCUGCGGGAGAGCGCGGCCGCGCUGGAGCAGCAGAGACGCUCCCUGGAGAUGCUGCUGUUGCAGCUGGAGGACAGGCGUGAGCGCGAGCCACUGCAGAUGCUGCAGGACAUGAAGGACCCUCUGGGCAGGAAGAACAGCCUGAGUGUGCAGUACCCGGAGGCCACCCCCAUUGUGCUGAGGACGGUCUGCAGGGUCCCUGGGCAGAUAGAGGUGCUCAAGGGCUUCCAAGAGGAUGUGGUGCCUGACCCCACCACGGCAUACCCCUACCUCAUCUUGUACGAGAGCCGCCAGAGGCGCUACCUAAGCACCCCGCCCGACGGCGCACCCUGCGGCAAGGACAGGUUCCUGGCCUACCCCUGUGCGGUGGGCCAGGAGGCCUUCUCCUCAGGGAGGCACUACUGGGAGGUGGGCAUGAACCUCACCGGAGACGCGCUGUGGGCCCUGGGCGUGUGCAGGGCCGACGUGAGCCGGAGGGACAGGGUCCCCAAGUCCCCGGAGAACGGGUUCUGGGUGGUGCAGCUGUGCAAAGGAAGGAAGUACACGCCCGCAGCGGCCGGCCCCACGCCCGCCACGCUGGCCGAGCCCCCCAGCCACGUGGGCAUCUUCCUGGACUUCGAGGCUGGGGAGGUGUCCUUCUACAACGUGAAGGACGGCUCCCACCUACACACCUACUCCCAGCCUGCCUUCCCUGGGCCCCUGCAGCCCUUCUUCUGCCUCGGGGCCCCCAAAUCCGGCCAGAUGGUCAUCUCUACAGUGACCCUGUGGGUGAAGGGUUAG